CCAAAUCUAUUCAAAAAAAAAAAAAAAAAUUAAUAUAACCCCAAAUCACCCCACUUUCAUCCAUUUACUUUCUCUCUCUUCCCCCACAAUUUUCUCUCUCUAAAAAAAACUCAACGAAAAAUGGCAACCUCAGCACCACCAAUCCUCCCAAUUUCAACCCCACAAUCCACUCCCGCCACCAUCUCCACCACCAACACGGCCGUGCAAUCCUCCGACCCACCCAUCGCCACCCCCGCAUUCCGCUCCUUCAUCACCCGCCUCUCCGACCAAGUCAAAGACGGCUACUCCCAAGGCCGCCCCUGGACCGAACUCGUCGACCGCUCCGCCUUCUCCAAACCCGAGUCCCUCGCCGAAGCCACCACCCGAAUCCGCAAAAACUACUCCUACUUCCGCGUCAACUACCUCGCCUUCCUCGCUCUCAUCGUCGGCUUCUCCCUCGUUACUCACCCUUUCUCUCUCCUCACCCUCGGUUUCCUCCUCGCCGCUUGGUCCUUCGCUUACCUCUUCAAGCCCGCCGAUCGACCCCUCGUCAUCCUCGGUCGCACCUAUUCUGAUCGUGAGACGCUUGGGAUUCUCGUGAUUAUGAGUAUUGUGUUGAUCUUCUUGACGAAUGUUGGAUCUGUGUUGAUGUAUGCGUUUGUUCUUGGUGCGGCGGUUGUUUGUGUUCAUGGUGCUUUUAGGGCGCCGGAAGAUUUGUUCCUUGAUGAUCAAGAUUCUGGUGCUGAAACUACUGGGUUUUUGUCUUUCCUUGGUGCGACUACUAGGAAUGCUGCGUUUGCCGCUGCUCCUGCUGUUGCCGCUUCCCGUGUUUGAUCUGGGUUCUAAUCGGAUUGAAUUUGGGUAAUUUCUUGAUCGUCUUUGGGAAUUUCAGAUCAGAUCAAUUUUAUCUUUUAUGUUUUUUUAUUUGUUUUUAUAAUUGAGAUCUUAGAAUAGGGAAAUUUUCCUUAAUUUGUAUCAAUCAAAUUACGGAUCUGUUAUAGUAGUACAUUAGUACAUAUGAAUUUUUUUGUUGGAUGUUCAUAUUACCUGGUUGAGUAAUUUGUUGAAUGAUAUUCUUACUUUUAGUUGUUUA